AUGGCGUCUAUAGCUUCUCCUCCCUCGGCGAGGAACAUCAUCAACAACAACACAAACACCAGCCCCCUGAUCCGUCCUCCCUCCGCUAUAUUAUCCUCAAAUGCGAACGAAGACCCAAGGUCGCUUGGACAGCAGGAAAUCGGUUUAAUAUCGAGAAUACAGGAGGACCAAGAGAACACAUACAAUGGCGAUGGUAACUUAUUCGCUGCUUCAGCUGACGAUGAUCAGCACUGGAAUGAGUCUGGAAAUGGAGGAUACAAGUUGGAAAGUGAUGGCACUGGAGCCCAUGACAAUCUCAAUCCGCCGUCCUCCUUUGACGCUCAACCGUCAUAUAAUACCUUCGACAGUAUUCCCAACGGCGCCGGCGAGGACCAAUUUGGAACCUGGGACCCACAGCAUCCGCUUACCGCUCUAUUCAAUCCUCCAGAACCGGAUCCUAUUCAACGGAGCUUCACUGCACCGGCCACCAGUUUCCCCCUCACUCUUCAGGAAAGACGGCUGGCUCUGAGGAACUCUCACAUGCGAGCGACCCCAAUGGCCAGUUCGAUAAAACACGAUGAUGUCAAGGGGCUGAGUAAGGCUGCGAAUGCUCUCAGGAACAAACAUUUUACCUCCGUGGGGCGGUCCAAUACCGUUUCCUCGAGGCUGUCCGAUCGUACGGCCUCGGACGACGAUGCUAUCCACCAAUCUACAAACCGAAGAGGGUCCAGUAAUUUUGGAACUAUGCCAUCGAUACACGCUUCCCUCCGACAUCGUAAAACGCCGUCAGUCGAGCAAACCGGGUACAUUGAGCAUUUGGAAAAGCAGAUUAGCGACCUUAACGCGAAAUUACGCUCCUAUACCGACCCUACCUCGGAUAAAUCACAUGCCGCUAUAGUCCAACGGUUAAACGCCAAAGUUCGCAGCCUAGAGAAUCAGGUGAAUGAAUGGGAGGCCCUUUUCGACGAACGGAUACGUGAAACCGAACGAAUUAAUUCUCGUGAAAGGAGUUCUAAUAAUUCCCAGAUUAAACUACUUAAGGAGCAGGUGGAGACUCUCACUCAAAACGUUACCAACUUAGAAGACGAUUUGGAUUUCGAGAAGAAACAGAACACCGCUCUUACUCUGGCAGUGAGCGAUAAGAAGGCUUUGGCUAUGGACAAUGCCCAACUUGCUCAAGCACUUACUAAUGCAUUAGGUGAAAUAGCGGAGUUGGAAGCACAAGCACAGGAGAGAGAAGAUAGUAUGAUGUAUGCGGGUGGUAGUGUUACUGGCAGCCAGAAAGCAAUGACACUCGGACAGCUCAUGAUUGACGUUACGCCGAAACCAAGAUCCUUAGAAACAUUCGCCGAUCUCAACCUGCCAUCCGGAAACACAAUGGAUAAGCAGCACUCGCCUUUCUCGCCGACGGAUGCCGCCUGGCAAACCCUUAGCCCCACAACCUCUAAUGCUAGCACCCAGGAUAUGCCGAUAAGGCACCGAAAGAUGAGAAAGUUCCCGUCCGGCAUAUCAGCACCGAAACAACUUAUCCUAUCGCCAUCGUCAUCCCGUCGCUCGUCAGUCGAAUUCGUUCGUGGUCACUCCAGAAACGCUAGUAGCUCCUGGGGAAGCCCACGGCUCGAAAGAAUGGGCGGUGGACGCAACUCCUUAUUCGAAGAAUUGGAGAAGAUGCAUGAGGAUGGCAUGGUAGCAGCAAUCCAUGACGAAACCCUAUCCGUUAUCGGCUCUCAGGCCCCCGCAGAAGUAAGUGAAGCAGAGCCAGAACAUCACCGUGGCAACUCCACAUCCCCCACCGAUACCGAAACAAGCGACUCCGAGGACUCUCCACAGUCUAGGUCGCUUCCUACCUCCUCCUCCCCUACCUCCCCCUCCUCUCAGCCAUCUUCCGCAAAGUCGUCAAGGCUCGGAAGCGUCGGUUAUGUCCUGUUCUCCCCUCUGCGAGUCACUUCUGCAGUCAUUUCCUCCAUCGGGCGCGGCGUUCUUUCACCCCGUUCAACGCUUAGAGACAUGCGCCAACGCGCUAUGGAACAGCUCAUAGAAGUUUCCGAACUCGAAGAAAGUUUUGGUUCCGAUAUCCUAUUCGGCGAUCAAUACGAUGAACAUCUCCGCACCGGCGGUGAAAAGCUUAUGCAGUCGCCCGAUCUGCAAUCGGGUGGAUCCAUGCGAUCUGGUCAUUCUCUCGAUUUUAGAGAUAAUAUGGAAUCUAUUACUACCGCCAUGACGCCACCGCAUAAGAGCAACGGUACAUUGCACCGACGGAAUCGACGACGGGCCUCCCAGCACACACAAGGCUAUAUUACCAGCGACGAAGAGGUUCAAGUUGUGUUCUCGGGCAGCAAAUCGAGAAGUUAUCAUGACGCUGGCGACCCUAUCACACCUUGCAAGACACGAAGAAAGUCCACAAAACCAGAUGGGAACAAACCAAUCCUCCCAGUAAAACCACAGCCGAACGCCCGCGAACGUUUACAACGCCGACGAACAAGCUCUGCUUCUCAUGGGCUAGGAAUUGGCGAUACACGAUACCCACCACCGUACACAGAAUUCGCAUCCGGGGUCAAAGAUGACGGAUGGAGAACGGAAAACUCGCAAGGAGAAAUCAGCAGUUCCAGUGAUGAUGAACGUCCUGGACUUUGGAUAUCACAAGAACAGCUUCGAGCACUACGACAGGAUCUAGAUCGCGGCGGCUUGUUGAAAGCAAUGGGCAUCUCUAAUGAGAAUAAUAUGGUCCUAUGGACGAAGUUGCUCAUUGGAUUCAUGGCCACGAUGUUUGUGGCUCUGAGAGAUGGGCCUAGCGUUGCUUUGGAACGGGUAGAUGGUACAAAAAGUCAAGCUACUACACCCGUGAAGAAGAGAGAUGUGAGAAGGGAUAUAGAUGAGGAUUGA